AUGGCCAUUGUACCCCUGCUUGCCGUUCAUCUUGUUGUCAGUCUCGGAGCCUCUCAGAAGCUAGCUGCCCACGCACGGCACAAUGCCGGGGACAGCAGUGCCGGGGACAGGAGACAGGGUGCCACAGACCUCCGACAGAUGCCGGCAUGGACGCUGGGCUGGCACUUGACCUUGGCAGCCCUACAAGCCUCGCAGGCAUUGUUCAUCUUGGGCUUGGGCCGGAGGGCGGUUUUGGUGACCCCCGAAGCCGAGACCGAAGUCGAGGUCGAGGUCGAGGUCGAGGUCGAGGUCGAGGUCGAGGUCGAGGUCGAGGUCGAGGUCGAGGUCGAGGUCGAGGUCGAGGUCGAAUGGGGUGUGGUGAGCGUCUGCAUGGCGUCGUCGUCCAUGGCGAUGUCGGCGCAGAGUGUUGUGCUCAGCGUGGGCGGCUCAGCUGCUGGCCUGGCCUGUGGCUUGUUGCGGUUCUCGAAGCGCUUGCGGGAUUCGCUGCAGCGGAAUUCAAGAGGGAGUAGCACGGCGAUGGAGACUGAAGAGUAA